CUUUCUUCCCCACGUUAGCAACAACAAUCUCUUCUUUGGUUCGAGGGCAAAUCAACAAUAAAGGAAACAAUAAGAAUAACAAUUCUUCUUCUUCUUCUUCUUUCUGUUCUUCUUGUUCUUCUUUCCCAUAGCACAGAUGCUUCUGUUGUGUAACAAAAAAGCUCCAUCUUUUUAGGGUUAGGGUUUAUUUUGUUUGAAAAUCCGCCAUGGGAAGAGGCAGAGUUCAGCUGAAGAGAAUAGAGAACAAAAUCAGCCGCCAAGUCACCUUCUCAAAGCGUAGAGCUGGUUUGCUCAAAAAGGCCCAUGAGAUCUCUGUUCUUUGUGAUGCAGAUGUUGCUUUGAUCGUCUUCUCCACCAAAGGCAAGCUCUUUGAGUACUCCUCUCAUUCCAGCAUGGAGAAAAUCUUAGAAAAAUAUGAAAGAUAUUCUUAUGCAGAGAGACCAUUGGCCUCAAAUCGAGAUUCUGAAUCACAGGUAAGUUGGUGUCAGGAGUAUCCAAAGCUUGCAGCCAGAUUGGAGAUUGUGCAGAAGAAUUUAAGGCAUUAUUUGGGUGAAGAGCUUGACCCUUUGAAUUUGAGAGAACUUCAAAGCUUGGAACAACAACUUGAUUCAUCACUCAAGCGCAUAAGAGCCAGAAAGAACCAACUAAUGCAAGAAUCCAUUUCAAAGCUACACAAAAAGGAAAAGGAACUGCAAGAGGAGAACAGGAAGCUAGCAAAUAAGGUAAAAGAGAAUGAGACGGUUUGGGUUGAACGUGGACAUUGCGAGCUCACAAAUUUGGAUCAUAAUCACCACAUUUUAGCAACGCCACCACCACUUCCUUCUUUGUCAAUUGGAGUAAACUGCCAUGGGAGAGGAUCAGAUGAAGAUGAAACAAGGCCAACCAGCACCAACAACAUCCAAAUACCAGCAUGGAUGCUUAGCCAUGUGACUGAAAACCCUCAUAACUAAAAAGCUACUGGUCUGUCGUCUUCUCCGUUGCAGGCAGACGUCGUUGCCCUCACAACCACCAUUGUCGCAAAUAAAAUGCCAUGGGGGAGAGGGGAGAAAAAGAGAAGACCACUGCAAAGGGUUGGUUUUUGAAGGUGUGAAAUAAUGCAAUGCCCAACGUUUUAGACAACUUCUUUGACACCAAAAAUUGGUCAACCCAAUCCCAAAGCCUUGCUGUAUUAUGUGGGUUAUCAUUUGUCAAAACCCCUUGUGACUCCAAAUGAACUUGAAACUUAUGGAAGAAAAAUGAAAAGUGGAUACUUCCAUUUUUCUUUUAUACCUUUUGAACUUAUGGGUGUGUCGGUUAAUGUGUUUAUUACAUGUAUGCAAUGUGUUGACUAACCCUU